CCGUCGCUUCCAUCCAUCCACUAGGAUGGCGGAAGGAUAUGACGCUGUGGGCGGAGUUGCGUGCCGUGCGCAGAGAGGAAGGAGAUCCGGCAGAGACAGCUAGGGAGAGAGGGAGUCUGGGGGGCAGCAGCUGAGGCGAAGCGAGAAAAAAAAAGGGCGACGGGACCUCCCCCACCACCCGCGGGGGAAGGGGAUGCACCAAGGCUGCUGCUCUCCUUCCGCGCCGCUGACCCUACAGGCCGCCGCCGCCCCUCCCCCCUCCUUAUUCACCCCUCCGCUUCAGCCAAUCAGUUGCGGGGGCCGCCAGACGAGCGGAGGAAACCGGCCUCGCUGCCCGUCAGGUGUAGAGGUUCGCCGGACGCCCUGCCGCGGGCCCCGAGUGGAGGCGAAACGGACGGCGACGACUCGAAACUACCCUCCACAGCCGGCGCUCUUAAAGGUACAGCCCGGGGGUGGGGGGGACAGCGAGAAAAGAGGACCCUUUUCCGCCGGAGGACAAGAAACCCCUCAAGCCUCCAGCUCCUGUCAAUGGAUUUAAAGGGAACUCGGCCCUCUUAAAGGGGAAGUUGUCUUCGGGUCUCAUUGUGACUUAAGAGGGAGGGCCGGCUCUUAAAGGGGCCGCCGGAGGACUUGUGGACGCUGGAUACCCAAAGGGGAGCGCGAGCAGGACCGAGGAAGCGCUGGGAGGCCCUUUAAUGCCGGUGGUGGAAACAACAAAAAAAGGGGCUGUCUGACCAGGAGGACUUUAAAAAUAAUAAUAAAAAAAAAUAAAGGUGCUUUAAAGGCGAGGCCGUGCUUCCGACAGGAAAUGUGUGGCGGACUUUUAAUGGGACGUUCUUAAAGGGGAUGGAAUGAAAGGAAGCAGAUCCCCAAGCCUGGACUUUUAAAGGGCAAGGUGACGGUCAUACCUUUUAAGCGGAAUCCGGGAUAUCUUGAUGAUAAUAAUAAUAAUUUAAAGAAAAGGGGAAAAAAAAAGAAACCCCUUAAGAUUUGCAAAGGGAACGUGGCGUUGAGAGGAAAUGUCGCCACGGGAAUAAUUCUGGGAGCCCUCAGUCCUCAAAGGGAGAAGAGGAAGCCGAUGCUCUCCGAGAGGAAGCCAUUUGCCAUUGUUGGCAGAAAAGCCGCAUCUGCAGUCUUAAAGGGGAGGCUCUUGAAGCGCUUAUUAGCCCUCUCUGGGUAGAUGUAAAAAGCCUCUUUCCAGGCAGAAGCCCUAAGGCCAGGUGGUGCUUUUCAGAAACACGUAAACAUAAACAAUAUAUCUCUUUAAAUAAAUACAGGCACUUAAAUCAGAAGCUUCAAAGGGAGAAGCAAAGAACUGGCAAGUACCACAAGCUAAUUGGAAGGGAUUGUCACUUUUGUGGAUUUCAAAGGAUCCCAUCUCUCCAUUACUAAUUCAGGAUAGGAGGGAUGUAAAAUUCUGAUUAAAGCAAGGUGUUUUUUUGGUGUUUGAUUCCCCCCCCUCUUCUUUUUCUUCUUCUGGAUCCAAAGGUGAAGUUGUACCUUAAAAGAGAGUUCUGUUGGCCGGCACAGGCUAAUUUCCUAUUAAAGGGUUAUUGGACUGAUUUUGAUCUUAGAAUUUUCUUUCAAAAGUAUUUAAUUAUUUUUUCAUUUACUAGUCUGACCUUGAGGAAGUCAAAAAAGCAGAAGUUGCCAUUUGUAUUUUCCUUAAGAGAGAAUUAAACCCUGAGCAAAAGACAACUUGCUUAACUUUCCAGAACAAAAAGGAACUGUUGGGAUUUUGAAUUGGUUUUUACGUGUAAAUCAAGGAAAGUUACUGACAGUUCAGCUAUAGGAGCCAAGGACUUCUUGUAAAGGAAUACAAAAUUUACUCUUUCUGCCCCCUCAAAAGCAAUAUAAAGAAGAACCUCUUUUUCACGAGCGUGGUGCUUUUCUCCCUGGCUUCAACAGAAGAGCAGAAAUCAAGCAGGGACAGCUGCAAUGCUUCUGGCUGGUGAAGGGUGAAGGGUGUCGCCCUUCUAUUUCACGUGCCUGCUAUAGCCAUUGGACACAACACAGUUUAUUUUCUGUAUCUCAGAGGAGAGCAUAAUGGAAGGAACAACAGCAGCUCCUACCCCAUGUUGGAGUGGGGGAGGAGGCAGCAGUAGCCGAGCACGGAGACAGCGACGUUGCUCACGGCGGGACCGUGAGAGUCGCUGUACACGCCGUAGAGGAAGCCGUCUUGGAGAGCCUCCCCAUCGGGGCUUGUCCUCUUCCUCAUCUUCAGCAUCAGACAGUGAAGGCCCCUCUCCACCUGCCCCUGUGGCUCCCAGCAAAGGACACCCCCUACAGCAGCGGCGGCGGCGGCGGCCCCUCCGACGGCGGAACAGAGUUUCUGGAUCAUCUUGCAGUCGCGAAGAGGAGGAGGAGGAGGAGGAAGAGGAGGACCUCAUUGAUGGCUUUGCCAUUGCGAGCUUUGUCAGUUUAGAGGCACUUGAGCAGCAGCUGCGAUAUCACAGCUUUUAUUCAGAGGGUAGAUUGUCUGCAGCCAUUAUAAUGCCCACCUUGUCACUCCUGCAGAAGGAUGCAACCUUGAAGACUCCAGAGAGAUUGGAGCUUCGACUGAAACAUUCAGGAAAGAGGAAACGGGGUGAGGGAAACAAUUCUGAGCCUGAAGAUGAAGACGAAGGCUCAGAAAAGGAUCGCAGCCAGGGCUGUGGAGGGGAGAGAGCACUGAGAAAACGAAGCAAGAGACGGCACAAAGAGCCUUCUCUCCAAUCUUACCUGGAAACUGGAUAUAUAUGUGAUACAGAAAGCGACCCAGAGGAGCAGGCCUCCAUUGAUGACCUCGAACAGUCAUUCACUGUCUCAACCAGCAAAGCCUCGGGACCCAUUGGUGCAUUAAACGGGAGCUGUGAAGCCAAACUUUCUGUGAUCCCUAAAGUCUCUGGCCUGGAACGGAGCCAGGAGCGUAACUAUGAGGCUGACCGGGACUCCCUGCUAGUGCCUUUCCUGCCUAAGGAACCCCCUUCUCAGGCAGCUACUGCCCCUAUUCUGGCUCAAGCCUUGACUCCAAGUCCUCCUGCCCCACCUCCUGUCAAGACUCGGGCUCAGACACCUAACACUGUUCGUGGGACGCCCCAGCCCAAAGGCCAGCUGCCUCCAAUGCCUCAAGGUGGAGCAGUUACCCACAGCCUUGCCCAGAGCCAACUGCACAUGAAGGUGCCACCCUUUGCCAGCCAGACACAGGCCCCGUACUCUGUAGGGCUCGACCUCAGCACUGGAGGGUGCAGCCGCGGUGCAGCUCACCCCAAGCCCAUUCUCCCACCCUGCUCCCCCUCUUCUUCUCAACUCCCUCACCGGCCCUCCACUCCCUCGCUGGCCCUGCCCCCCCACGCGUUUCCCUCCACCCUUCGGCCCUCUUCCCACCACCACCCAGGCAUGUUCACCCCCUCGCCUGGCCUCCCACCGCCACCCCCGUUGCUUCAAGUUGCUGGGCACCCAGCUGCAGCCGCUGCCAUAUCUGAACAAGAAUUAAUCCGCCAGGACUUGAGUUCCCGAUUCCUCACGACUCAAGGCGGGGCCGACAUGGGAGCUGCUGCCAUUCGCCCUCUGGCUUUCCAGUUCCACCAACACAACCACCAGCACCAGCACACCCACCAGCACACCCACCAGCACUUCACUCCUUUCCCAUCAAGCAUGGUGCCCACACCCAGCCCAGCCAUGUAUGAGAAGUACCCUGGGAAAAUGGAUGGGCUUCUGAGACAUAAUUUUUAUCCUGCUUACCCCCCAACCGUGUCGGGGAUCUCCCCAGUCCUGCCUCCUGCUGUGAAUUUUGGCUCCCUGCAGGGGGCAUUCCAACCUAAGAGCACUAAUCCUGACCUGCCUUCCCGGCUGGGUGCUGUCCCACCCAGCAUAUCCCAGAAAGGCACCCAGAUCACAGAUCCUUUCAGGCCGACUUUGAGAAAGCCGGGGAAGUGGUGCGCCAUGCACGUCCGUGUGGCAUAUAUGAUCCUGCGGCACCAGGAGAAAAUAAAGCUGAUGCAGGGCGAUCCCCAUAAAUUGGAUUUCCGGAAUGACCUCCUCACCGGCUUGCCUGAGGCCGGAGCCUUUGGCAGUCUUCCCCAUAGCCAGGAGCUGGCACGCCCUGCCACCCUUUUCACAGCCGCUGGUGUCGUCCAUCCAGGCAAUGCCCCCUCCUUUGGUCCUGCCGCUACUCCUCAUGGUUCUUUCCUCAACCCCAGCCCCCACAUCGAUCCCUUUGGCAGGCCUCCUAGCUUUGCCUCUCUGGCUGCCCUCUCCAAUGGGGCAUUUGGUGGCCUCGGCAACCCAUCCUUCAAUUCAAGUGCAGUCUUUGGGCAGAAGGACAGUCCUGGAGCUCCUGCCUUCCCUAGUCCACAUGAGGCAUGGAAUCGCUUACACCGUACACCUCCUUCCUUCCCUACUGCCCCAGCCUGGCCCAAAGGUGGUGGCAAUGAUGGAACGGAGCGUGGAAGCAGCCAACUUGACAAGGAGAGCGAGAAGUCUGAAGGGCCGGUGAUCAAGGAUGAGAAGGACAGAGAUUCUGGCUUCUUCUCCCGCCAUUCGCUGCGCUCCUCUCCAGCUACUCCCACCUCAAAGAACCCAUCGCUGAUCCAUGAGGAGCCUCCAAGCCGACCCCAUGUACAAGCAGAACGAGAACAUCGCUAUGGCAGCCCGGCAAGUUCAGGACAUGCCUCCCGCUCCCCUUACCCAGAGUUACCUCUCAAGAAAGAAGUGAAGGUCAAGGAAGAGCCAGAUUUGCCUGGCUUUGAGGGAGCUCUACGCACAGGUGCUUCCUAUCACAGUACCCUGCAUGUCUCCCACCCACUCGGACCCCUGGCCGUGUUUGAGAGACCCCAAGCUGGGACUGGAGGAAGCGUCUCUCCAUACUUGGUGGCUGCCCCACCCUCAGCUGCCUCCUAUGCUGCGCUCGAGGCAUGGCGAGAGCCCUACCACCGGGGCCUGGAGUUGCACCCGCUACAGCGCCUGCCCCGCUACCUGGAGACCCCAUCGCCUGCUGCCGCGGCUGCCGAGGACUACGAAAGAGCCCGGUUGUAUGGUUUGGCUCCCCCGCCACACCCCAGCCUCAUGGCUUAUCCCCGCCAUCAAAACGGACUGCUGGCAAAAGCCACACCCUCGGCAGCUGUGGGACUGCUGAGUGCCCCACCACCUCUCAUCCCAGCUUCCAACGCUCGGCCCUGCUCCCCUCGACGAGCUCCUGAUAUCCGAGAACUGGCAGCCUCCUACAAGGACCGGGACUCGAGAUAAUGGUGCUCUGGUGGCACUCUGGAAUAUGAACACCUCUAUCAAGCAGCCUCCCUGAUCUCUACAAACUGAUGGGAACAGGAUCAGGGUAGUCUAGGAGGUCCAAAUUAGCGGGGAGAGGAAGGUGGCUUUUUGGUCACUAUAGCCUGAGUUAGGGAUAUGCUGCUGUCAUCACCCGGAAGGACUUUGACGUUGGAGUUGAAUAAUGGGGUGCAUUGGGGGGAAGAGUUCAGGAACGCACAUGCCCGUGUCCUUGGUCGUUGUUCCUGAUUUCUGCAAAGGCCUCCCCUUCCGGCCUCUGGAAGAUGCCAGGAUUUCUGCCUUCCUCCUAGCAUUCCUGCUGGGCUAAAAACAGACUCAGUGUGUUCUUUAUUCUCAGUGGACUGAUGGGAAGGCUGCUUUCAGGGGAAGGGGGAGGUCUUGAAUCUUGGGACACCUCCCCCAUGAGGCAGUGUAAAUAUUUAUAUAUUCUCCCCAUGGCAGAUGGGAAAAAGGUUUUUGUACAUUUAUAAAAGGUUUGAGAUUGUGAUUUCAAAAGUGACUUCUCUUCCUCCUCCCCUCUUUUGUUCCUCCUUGUUUUUACUGUACUGCUCUUUUCUAUACCUGUAUUCAUUCACUCCUCCCCAAUCUCCUGAUCCCUUUCCUUCUCCUGUAAUUAAUGGGAUGGUGCAACACACUUAUCCAAUGCCCUUUUCUUCCCCAGGCUGGUUAAUUAAACUCCAAACUGGUGCUUCUCGAUUCCUUGCUGUGUGUGUGUUAGUUGAGGAAAAGGGAGGGGGGGGGAUACAGGUCUCCCAUUCAUCUAGGACAGUAGAGAGCAAAUGAGAGGGUGCAGAGCACAAGCUGAAAAUCUUGGAUGAGGAAAUUACUCUCUUGGAUAGUUUUAAUUUUU